GGCACUGCUUCCUGUAGCAAAUGAUAACGUGUUGUGUUGUUUUGCCUCAGAAGAUGAAUUAGGAGAAGAAAGAAAGACGUCAAUUAAGCUCAAGUAUAUUUUAUAGUAUUUAAAAAACGGUCUAAAUGGGUGCAUAUUAUUGUUCUAUAUGCAGGCAAACUACAUUCACAGGGAAGGGACAUAUCCACGGGAAAAACCAUCAAAGCAGACUCAGAGUGGUUCUUCUUAAAUUCUUAGAAAAGGUGAAAGAAGCUCGGCGCACUCUUAAAAAACCCCAAGUAGAAAAGUUUGAUUGCACCCAGAACAAGCAGACCUUCUGGUGCUACUGCUGCGGGUGUGACAUUGAGAGAAAUGUCACCGACGGUAACAUGACUGUUCUGUAUGGAGGCUUGUUGGAACACAUGGCCACCCCAGAACACAAGAAGAGUACUCACAAGUUCUGGUGGGAGAAUAAGGCCGAUCCCAAGUUAAGAGACAAGGUCGUCAUCACAGAGGAGGAAACUGAGAGGUUUAAAGCUGAGGUGGAGAAAGCAUUGGAAUCAUUUGUGGAGAACGAGGAUGAAUUCUUAAAACAGGAAGCUGAUAACAUCCGGGCCCAGGAAAAGCAUCGCCAAGAGGUCUUUCAGUCUCUUUUAGAGCGUGACACAGAGCCAGAGUUGUUCAAUGGACCCAACGGCACAGACAUGUCUGCUGAGGAUGCUGUCAGCUCUAAAUUUACGCCUCGGGGAUCAGACCAUCAGACGGGGAGCAGCUGUGUGAAGUCAAUGGUCGGAGCACCGCGGGCUGCAACAGGAAAAGGCCUGACUUUCAUAGGCUACCAGGAUUCAAACAGUGGAAAUGUACAUACAGGUGCCGUCCCUCCUUGGUUACAGGAGGAUCCUCGGGAGGGGACCUCCGCAGCUGCAGCUCAUCCAGAGAUCGGUCCAUCGCUCCAAGAGUUCCUCAAACAGAAGGAGCAAGAAAAACUGAAGAAACUUCCACCAAACCGAGUGGGCGCCAACUUUGACCACAGCUCACACACAGACGCCAACUGGCUUCCAUCCUUUGGAAGAGUGUGGAACAGUGGCCGACGCUGGCAGUCCAGGCACCAGUUCAGACAAGAGGAAGGACAGAAGAACAGACCGAAGAGGAAGAAGGAGCACGGCACAGAGGGGUCAAAAAAAGCAAAAACAACUAAACAGCUGACAAAUUCUGACAGCACUUAAAACUGAUUUUGUUCCGUGAGAGCUGAAUGAAGGGGUGUAUAUAGUUUACAAGAUGUGAAUGAGAUUUUAUACUGUUUCUGAGUAGUUGCACUCUGUUGAAAUGCUAAGGCUGACUAGACACCGUACUGUUGUUCCUAACCAAACAGUAGUGUUUGCAUAUGGCAAAUUGUAUGUCACCUAUUUCAUAAAGUGUGCAGUAUAGCUAUUAACUUUGUAUAUUAGGCAGUGCCUCUUGGAUGUAUUUCAUAAUUGCAUUUUGUAUAAAAACUGCAUGGUCCAACGGUCCAAUGUGUACACUCACUCAACAAAUCAGUGACUCCAAUCAAAGGUACCAAAGAGAAAGGGGAUGCUUUAUUAUUAAAUAUUUGUCCUGCCCCGAUUCUCAUAAUAAGUCACUGUUUCGCCUACAGCUUUUUGAGAAGAUAACAUUACUGUUCUGCCAAACGAACAGCAGGGGGCGCCAGCCACUGGACUAACAAAGGCACCUUCUGUGUGAUAAAUAUAAGAUUUUUCAUGGAGGCAGGCUGUUGAGGCCAACUUUUAGAUAACAACUUGGUAAAAACCUCAAAUGUAUUUCAAGGAUAUUUGUCCGAAUGUGGCAAAGAAAGACAGCAUUAUUGAAUAAUAGUGUUUUUUUGUUUUGUUUUGUCUCUGCUGCUAAAUUCUGAGCUGUCAGUUUUACUUUACAAACAAUCCUAAAUUGCAAUACACAUUAUUAGAGCAGCAGUUAUCAGUGUUUUAAGACCUCAACAAAAAACAGCUCUUUAUUUUGCAGCAAACCUGUACAACCAAAUGAUGAGCUUUCAUUUCCCCUUUCAGAUCAUGUUCCAUGAUGAAUUACUGGAAAGGUUUAGAGGAUGCAAAUUUUUGCCACCUUGAGACAAGAUGUGAUAAAAUGUGUGACAUGACAGUGUUAAUAACAAAAGUCCCUAUAUCUUUUGUGUCAUUAGAAUCAGCAUUGUAUGUUCAUAGUGCUGUGAAACUAGAUCGCCCCACCUGUUUUCCAAUCCUUCAUUAUAUAAAUAAAGAAGUGAGUUUUAGUGUGGAAAGCUUUCACUGGUGUGUACUCACACUCCACAGGGGCAUUUCUUGUCACACUCUGUUGCACAGGUGAGCAUAAAUUGUAGACAUGAAUAAAAAUUGGAUUUGCCACCUCAUAGUUUCACCCAUGUUACAUAAGGCCUUGGCCUUAGGAAGCCUUAUGCUUUACUACUGCUGCUCUGGAAUUACUUUUAUAAUGCAGACUUUAACAGUGCUUAAAAUAUAUAUCACUUGAUAACUGGUUUUGUAAUAGCUAUAAUUAUUUGGUUCAUAUCUCCUGUAAUAUGUAAUGCAGCAGAACCGAUGAAGGUUAAAAACAAACAGAGAGGUCAUUUUGUGAUGACUACUGAUUACUGUGUGUACAGCGUUUGUUUUGCACAAGAGCAAUCAGCAAAAAGAGAUGUCUUAAGAGCAGCGACUGGAGUAAAUAUUCCUCUCCUUAACUCACAGUUGGCCUUUCUUUUAACUGUACAGACCUCCUUCUCUCCAUGUUAAGGUAUAUAAUCAGGCUCCAGUGUGCUCUGGGUGGAUGGGCGUGGAGCUCAGUGCAGCUGCAAAGCAAUCUGGGAAUACAACGUGUAUCUGAUCUAUUCUUAGCUUUGUGACAACACGGCUAUGGCUGAAUCACUA